GUGUAAGAAAUUUAUCUGAAAAGUGAAGAGGAAAAUUUAAAGUUGUUUAAGUAAAGGAUUUGCAAAUCCAUUGUGUAAAAUACCAAGCAGCUAAUUUCAAAAUUCUUGAGUAUCCUUAAAACUUAUUAAUACACCAACACCACCCCCAUCCUCCCCAAUCACUACACCACUAACAACAACAAAAAUGGGUGACAAGCCAAAACGUCCUUUGUCCGGUUACAUGAUCUGGUUAAACUCUGUCCGUGAACAAAUCAAAAAGGACAAUCCUGGUAUUAAAGUAACUGAAAUCGCCAAGAAAGGCGGUGAAAUGUGGCGUGCCAUGAAGGAUAAAUCUGAAUGGGAGGCAAAGGCUGCCAAAGCCAAAGAAAACUAUGAAGACGCUGUCAAAGAUUUCGAAGCUAAUGGUGGCAGUAGCGCGAAUGGUUCAGCCAAAAAACGGGGUAAGGCUGGUAAAAAACCAGCGAAAAAGAGCAAAAAGGCAGACUCCGAUGAUGAGGAAGAAGAGGAAAGCGAAUAAAUAAAUUAGUCCAAAUAGUGUUCUCCUACUAUAAGUAAGCCGCCGCUGAAGCCCCAGCCAUUGUUAAGUGUAUUUGUAAUUAACUUCAACAUAACAAUACCGCCCAUCAUCACAACCAACUAUUUUAAGGAGAGAAACCACAUUACAAUUGAUUUUUUUUUAAAGCAUGUGUGCAGUUUCAAAAAAAGGGAACCUAACAAAAUCCUCUUAAUAUUAUACUGAAUUUAAAAAAAUUUAACUUUUAAAGGAUUACUCAAAAUAAGCAAAAAUAAAAAUCUUAAUGUCUUGAUGUGUACAAAGAUUGUUUUCUCCAGCAUCCACUGGCAUCAACUUAAUAGCAAAACUCACAAAUGUGCAAAAUAUUGUAUUGUAUAUUGGGCAAAACAAUUGUUUCAUGGUUUCUUCUUUCUUUGCAUCAUCGUUUGUACAAAUAUAAAAGUAUUUUAAAUUUAAUUAAUAAAAACAACAAAUAAAUAAAACAAAACCAAACUUAAAA